AUGGCAGAUUCUAGCGACUCGGUUUCCAUUGAUAUGGAAACGUUCUCUCUCGGCAGUAAGGAGUACCUUGUGAGAACUCACCAUGGUGCUGUUUCAGUUGCUGUGUUUGGAGACCAAGAUAAGCCGGCUCUUGUUACCUAUCCUGAUUUAGCUCUAAAUCAUACCUCCUGUUUUCAUGGGUUGUUCUUUUGUCCAGAAGCUAGUUCGUUACUCCUCCACAACUUUUGCAUAUAUCAUAUAAGUCCUCCAGGGCAUGAGUUGGGAGCUGCCCCCAUCGGUCCUGAUGACCUUAUGCUUUCUGUUGAUGACUUGGCAGAUCAAAUUGUUGAGGUUCUCAACUUUUUCGGGCUUGGUGCUGUAAUGUGUAUGGGGGUUACAGCUGGAGCAUAUAUUCUUACCCUAUUUGCUAUGAAAUACCGGCAACGUGUGCUUGGGUUAAUACUUGUUUCACCCCUCUGCAGAGAACCCUCAUGGACAGAGUGGUUGUUAAAUAAGGUGAUGUCAAAUUUGCUAUAUUUCUAUGGCAUGUGUGGUGUGGUAAAGGAGUUGUUGCUUAAGCGAUACUUCAGUAAGGAAGUUCGUGCUGGUGUUCAAGUACCAGAAUCAGAUGUAGUUAAGUCAUGCAGAAGAUUGCUAGAUGAAAGGCAGACUAUAAAUAUUUGGCAAUUUCUCGAAGCAAUGAACGGGAGACCCGACCUUAGCGAAGGUCUAAGAAAACUGCAUUGCCGUUCAUUAAUAUUUGUUGGCGAGAACUCUCCUUUCCAUUCCGAGGCGCUUCACAUGACAUCGAAAUUAGAUAGAAGAUAUAGUGCCUUAGUGGAGGUUCAAGCAUGUGGGUCAAUGGUGACAGAGGAGCAGCCCCAUGCCAUGUUGAUACCAAUAGAGUACUUUCUUACAGGAUUCGGCUUAUACAGAGCGACUCUAAGUGUUAGUCCUAGAAGCCCUUUGAGUCCGUGUUGCAUCUCUCCGGAGCUUCUUUCGCCGGAAAGCAUGGGGUUGAAGUUGAAACCGAUUAAAACCCGGAUUUCUUUGGAAGUUUAAGGGCAAGAUCAACGUUUUGUAAUCUAUAUAAGGCGAUUUGUAACAUCUUUCAUGUUGGUGAGGGAAAAAGAGAAAGCAUGAAUUACUAGGGUUGUAGAUAGAGAAGCAAUAGAUAAAAAGAAGAAAAAAGAGAGAGGAGAGAUUGUCAAUUCAUUUAUUUAUAGCCAUAAGGUUUUAGCCAAGGAGAAGUCAUCUGUAUAAAUCAUUGGAAUAAUUAUUUACUAGAGAAACCGCCAAUAAUAAUAAACAAGGGUGGGUAGUGAAUUUAUGCUUU